AUGAGUUGUAAUAGGAACAGUGGAUGCACUGGUUGUAUUGAUGGUUAUUUCCUAAAUCAGGAAGUGUGUUCACAAUGCCCUUCUAACUGCAAAUCUUGCAUUAGCUCUACAAACUGCACUUCUUGUACGGACGGUCGAUUUGGCAAUGUAUGUCAGUAUCAGUGUACAGAACACUGUGUUCAUGGUCAGUGUAAUACAUCAACAGCUUCAUGCCAGUGUUAUGCAUAUUUUAUCGGAGAGAUGUGUGACCAGUGUGUCGCGGGAUACUUUGGUAACGACUGUACACAUAUAUGUCCCGCGGGAUGCUCUGAUACAUGUUCAAAAACUAAUGGAUCUUGCACAUGCAAAUUCGGGUGGAUAGGAGAUAAAUGUGACACAUGUGCCUAUAAAUACUUCGGAAAAAAUUGCAAUGAAACAUGUAAUAGUAACUGUGAGGAUUGCACUGGGAAAUAUGAGUGUCAGCUUUGUUUACCUGGACGUUAUGGUUAUUACUGCCAAUUCAGUUGUGGGAAAGGCUGCAGAAAUGACAGGUGUAGUAUAACAUCAGGAUAUUGCGAAUGCAAAAGUAAUUACUUUGUUGCAACAUCAUCAUCAGGAUAUUGUCACGAUUGUGUUCUGGGCAGGUACGGUCUGACGUGUGAGAAAAUAUGUCCUCAAUCGUGUCUUGCAUGCGAACAAGAGCUGAAAUGUUCUUCAUGCCAUGUCGGAUACUUUGGGUUAUCCUGUGACAAAUCAUGUCCAUAUGAAUGCGAGGAGAAUAAUUGCAAGCAAGAGGACGGAUCUUGUGUAUCAUGCAAACUUGGGUAUUACGGAGAACACUGCAAAAACACAUGUCAGGAGUCCUGCCGAUCAUGUGAUAAAUACGGUCUAUGUUCCGAAUGUAAACCUACAUUUUUUCCCAACAAUACCGGACAAUGUGAAACUUGCAAUUCAAAAUGCGUCGCCAAUAACUGUGAUUCCUCUUCGGGAAGAUGCAUUCAAGGAUGCUAUGAUGGAUACUGGAACCGAACCUGUAACACAGAGUGUGAUGCCGCAUGCUUCUCUUGCAAACAAACCAAUGGAUCGUGUUCAAAAUGCAAGAACAAUACAAGAUAUGGACCUGACUGUAGACAGGAAUGCAGCAAUACAUGUAAAUCGUCAGUGUGCGACGUAAAUGGAAGUUGUAUAAAUGGAUGCAUUGUAAAUACUUUCGGCAAGCAAUGUGAACAAAGGUGUGGUGAAUAUUGUUUACGAAAAGACAACCAAACAAUUUGUUCUGAAAAGACGGGAAUGUGUUUAUACGGCUGCCGAACUGGAUACACGGGAAAAGAUUGUCCACAAGAUGAGAAGCCGAUAACAUUGUCAGCAGCACUUGGAUGGGGACUCGGUGGUGGCAUUCUGGGACUUUUAGUCAUAGCAAUGCUUGUCAUGUGGUUGUUUCGUAAAUGGCGAAGGUCAAACACGGAACACAAUAAUCUACUUCAUGAUGUCGAAAUAGAUUAUGACACAGUGGAUACUAAUAUUUGUGAGAUUGAACUCAACGAUCUUCAGUAUGAGACUCUUCAAGAAAGAGAUUUUCAAGGGAUGAAUUUAACAACUGACUUUUCCAACGUCUCUGAAAGGGAAAAUGGCAACAUGACAUAACGAAAAUGCUAGUGGCGGACCAUUGUCAUAGAUAGAUUUGGUAGAACUUACAUAGACGUACAGCGCUUCGAAUGGGAUGGCAGCAAUUGAGACGAAGUUACUAAGGAUGCAAUGACAAUCGAGUUACUCAGAAACGACAUUUAGACAUACAUUUUUCUUGAAUAAUAUAUCAAUAAAAUAUCAAUAGCAUUAUUUUGUCAGCAUUUCAUGUACGUUUGAGAAUGUUUUAACCAUCAUAAAUUAUACAUGUACACGUGACAGCAGCAUU